CCGAGCUGUUUAACCUUCUUUAAUCGUGGUCUGUGGAUAAGCGAAAGAACAAUCACUUCUCUGCUGAGAAAAAAGAGAAAAUGCAUCAAAGAGCAGCGGAGUCUCUGGAACAAUCACUUCUCUGCUGAUAUUCUACUCCACCAGGAUUCUACCAGCAUCAAGGUAAAGCAUCUCAAGCAUGACAAAGAAACGAUGGAUGCUAAGAACAAACUGACUUGUGAAGAACCAGAAGAGAUACCAUCUCCCAAGUUGACUGAUUGGCUGAAGAGCUCAACAACUCCAUGGCGCUCCCCAAUUCCGCCUGGCUUUAUGAUGAUGAUGAUGCCUUCCACACCUCUGGCUUGGCGGUUCGGUUCAGCUGAGUUCACUCUCAAAGAAGACCUCUUCUGAAUGUCUGCUUCUUAUAUCGUCUCUUAAAUUUUUUUCAGAUGAAGUAGUAGUAGUAGUAGUAGGUAGCGACUCUAUUUUGUUGACAUCAUUUUAUACUAGUGUCCAUCACUCUGUAACUGAUAGAUAAAUCAUCUGACAAAAGAAGUUUGCUUAGAAAUACCACUUAUCAUCACGAAAAUUGCAUUCUUGUCAGAUUUUCUGAACAUUGAAUCAAGCAAGAAUCAAAUAUUGCACUCGUAUUGUGAGCCAUUAUUUGAGACGUUCUUGUUUGUUUGUACCCUUCCAUUGUCUAACACUUUGGUGGACACAUAAGAGAAAAAGGUCAAAGUUUUUUCCUCA